GCAACAAUCCUAUUUCGUGACGAUGUAUCGCGCGAUUCGAAAACGAGAUUUGACGUGACUUGACGUUUUGUUUGUCAUGAAAAUAGGAUCGCAUGAAUUUAAAUCAAAAAGUCUUUCUCUGCAGGGGAAACUCGUUAAUAAAUAGAUAUUUUUACCGGCGUUUCGAAGCGGAACUUCCUUCUGUCUCGCUCUUUCGAAGUAUCAUAAUUCAAUAUGGCUUGGGUACCCUUAGAAUCGAAUUCAGAGGUUAUGACGAAGGUAAGCGCAUCACGUUCAAUCGAUUAAUCUUGUUAUUUCCUCGACAUCUUCAGUUUUGCUUCCUCUACAAGUUGGGUGUUCCGAAGAAAUGGGCGAUCGUCGAUGUAUAUAGUUUUGACUCUGACUUGUUGGCGAUUAUCCCUAGACCUGUUCUUGCUGUUAUGCUGCUUUAUCCUGUUCCCGCAAAGACUGAAAAGACCGAGGAAGGAAAGGAAGAAGAAGAAGUUAAGGACAGCAAAAGUGAUGCUCCAGAUUCUAUUUACCAUAUGAAGCAAUGUAUUUCAAAUGCAUGUGGAACAAUUGCGUUACUUCAUAGUGUGGCCAAUAAUUUGGAUGUGAUACAAUUGGAGGAUGGGUUUCUUAAGACAUUUUUGGAACAAACGAAAGGACUCUCGUACGCUGAACGUGGAGAACGUCUAGAAAAUGCACAAGAAAUUAUUGAUACUCACAUGGAAUCUGCCCAGGAAGGACAAACUGAGGCGCCAACUGAAGAUAUGGAAGUGUACCACCAUUUUGUUGCAUUUGUACAUAAAGACGGUUCUCUAUAUGAACUAGAUGGUCGGAAACCUAUUCCUAUCAAUCACGGUCCGACUACGCCCGAAACACUGUUGGACGAUGCUGCUCGUGUAUGUAAGGAAUACAUGGAGCGCGAUCCGACCGAGGUGCGUUUCACGGCGAUCGCCCUUACUGCCAGUGAAUAAAUGCCAUCUCCAAAUGCAUUCGCCUUUAAGCUAACUUAAGAAAAAUUCAAAUAAUUUAUUUACAUGUUACAAUGUUAUACAUAUUUCGCUUCGGCAACGCAUUUAUUUUCAGUUUUGCCAGCUUUUUCGACAAUAUGUAACACGUCAAUGAAAGAAAUUUAUAUAUGCAAU